AUUAACAAGAAGAAGAAGAAGAAAGUAGUAGAAGAAAGAAAAUUAAGGCAUUCGCUACUUUACCAAAAUCCCUCAAAACACAUAAACCCCACAAACUCUUUCACAAAGAAAAAGAAAAUAUUGGUAAAGAAAAAAGAUGAGAGCUUUAGAAGAAUCCAGGAUCUCUAUUGUUUUGUUGCUUCUUUGCUUCUCAAUCUUCAUCACUUUCAGUCUCCAGGCGAAUGAGCUAAUACCAUCAUCUAAAGAAGAAGGAGAGAUGAGGAUGGUGCCAUUAAUGGAAGAGAAGUUUAUGGUGAUGAAUGAAACAAGAAGGAAGCUUGGGAGUUUCCAGAUAUGUUCAGUUUGUACUUGUUGUGGAGGUGCUAAAGGUCUUUGCUUGCCUUCACCUUGUUGCUAUGCAAUCAACUGCAACAUCCCAAAUAGACCCUUUGGUUAUUGCUCCUUCACUCCCAAAACCUGCAAUUGCUUUGGUUGCCAUAUCUGAGAUCUUUCGUUGGCAGAGAUAAGCUGAAUCUCAACAUCGUGAUUCAACUGCAAGUAUGAAAGGGAAGAAAAAAAAAGAAUGAAUAUCUGUUCUUGGUAUGGUUCUUUUUUUUUAUAUAUAAUUUAUUUUCAGUCUUCAUUAAAUUUCAUUACCUACUAUCCUCAGCAACAUCAUCAUCCUCAUUAAUUAGUUAUCUUGUUGCAUUGCCAUUUAAAAAUUUAGUGGAGUAUCUUGUUACACUUCAAACAAGAUUUUUUUUUUUUUCCUUCUUUCUUCAAUCAAUUCUAUAUCUGUCUCUUUUUUUCCUUCUUUUGUGUACUCCAAUUUGUUUCUCAUGGGUUAGUAUUGUAUCAUUAGGAUUGUAAUUGUAACAUAUUUUUGGGAAGAGUCAACAUUUUUUUUGUUAAACUGGCAAAUGGAAGAAUAUAAUAUGAUGAUGAUGAUGAUGAUGAUGAUGAUGAUGGUGUUGAUGGUGAUGGUAGUGAUGUUGAAGCUGUUAAAGUUAAGCCUUUGUGAUGAGUGAUAUGUCAAGAAUUUUAAGAAAUGGAUCGAGUUUAGUGCUCUGUUAUGCUGUACUGCUCUGAUAAGAUCUAAGUGCCUGUUUUCAAUAUAAAAUAGAGGAAAAAAGUUUUUUUCUUUUUUCGAGUAAGAAACAAAUAUUCAUCUUCAAGUGCAGAGACUUGACAACAUCUUAUCAUUAUCUUUGAAUAUGUUUGUUUAUUGAGUGUAAAGAGACAUAGUUAUUGUAAGAGUUGUUUGAAUCAAA